AUGCAUCAAACCAAAGACCUCUUCGAGUGGACGCGACGGCAUCAGCGAGAGCUUGACCGGUUAAAAGCAUUCAAGAGAUCGCGCUCCAAAAACCGUGUUGACAAUAUAGCGACUGCGGCUCAGCACAGUGGCCCGGAAGUGAGUGGCGAAGGCCUGAAUGCACCCUUUGACCAACAUGUAAGUUGGCUCCUACUCUGUGUAUUGGGCCAACUUGAGAUAUAUGGACUUCUCAAACCGGGAUUCCAAAGCCUCGAGGUCCGGCUGGCUGAAUACACCAAGAGCGAUGGAGAGUCUGAGGCUCGCAAUCUGUGA